AUGAAGUUUAGUACGGAGCAGCUUAGUGCUGCACUUGUUGUUGUCCUUCUAACAGUUGUUGCUGCAUGUUACCUCUUGGAUGUGGAUGUGCCGAAGAAGAAGAAGAAGAAGAACUUCGACGGCAACGAUCCUUCUGAAUCGAGUGCUGCUACGGACGAUACUCCCUUCCCCGUGGCAAUAGACAAGGACAUCCCACUCAUGGCACCACCGCGUCCACCACAGUUUGCCAAUCUCUUUACUCAAGCCGUCAACAACAAGAAACAAGAAACGAAACAGCUUGCUUCGUUGGCAAGCUUUACUUUACCCCACGGAAUUGUUUUGACUGCUGCCCAAGGAUCCGUUGUUGAUUUCAAGAGUGACAUGGGUGCCAUUGUGACGCCGUGCAACGAACUUCUCGCACCAGCAGACGGCAUCGACAAAGCUGUGCUCAGAGCCGGUGGUUUGAAUCUCAGUAACGACCGGAUGUCUCUUUCGAACCUUGCCAACAAGAGCAAUCAGAUGGUGAAAUGCCCUACUGGUCGGGCUCGGAUUGUUGGACCUAACUACAAGAAGUAUGGUGAGCUCGGCGUUGACAACGUGAUUCAUGCUGUUGGGCCUGACUUCAACGAGUAUACGGAGGAAAAGUCCAAGGCGAUGAGUCGUUUGCGCAAUGCGUACCGAAAUGCAUUGGCUCUCACGGACAAUAGAGGUAUCGCCCAUGUCGCGGUUUCCUUGAUUUCCGCUGGAAAGUUUCGCGGAUUGAUGGACUUGGAAAGCGUUGUCACCGUCGCUGUGCGGGCCAUCCGUGAUUGGGCUGCAGAGCCCCAGAGAAUGCAGCGCUACUCUACUACAAAGAACAUUGUUCUUUGUGCCAGCACCCGUAAUGAUGCCGAUGUUCUUGUUGCUGUUUGCGACGCUCUCUUGAUUGGAGAGUACAAGAUUGCAAUGAAAUGA